ACUUUUUCGAAACUCCGCCGUGCUUACAGGUCAUCUGCAUCAGCAUGGCAGGCACAAGGCUGCAUGUGCUCCUGAGCUUCUUGGUCCCUUUCCUCUGCAUCGGGCCGUACGCUUACCAUCUCUUGCAAGUGCCUCGCUCCCCGCUCCCUGUAGACGACAUCCAUGCUAUUGACUUGAACGCAUCCACGGAAGCCCUGAGAUCCCAACUUUUGGAUUCGCAGACGAUCACUGUUUUGCAGGCAAUCGAAGCUGCUCCUUCGUUCCCAGUGCUUCCUCGAGUGUCUAGAGUCUCAUUGUCAUCGUAUCCUUUGCUCUCGUCGGUCCUUCCAUCCCUCGACGGCUCUCUGCAAGCACAAGACGUAGAAGUGAAGUCGUGGCUCGAAUCCGCAAACUUGACCGACAGUGCAGUUGUUGUGCUGCUCUGUCGCGAGGACUCCAGUGCGGAAACACCUCUGCCUGUAACGAUGGGGGCACAUCGUCACGGGUGGUCAGCAGGAUGUCAUUUGUCCAUCGACCAGCAGCACGUCCUCCUCGACACCCUCUUUCCUCCCUCGUCAGGCCAACAUGCGUCGUCCGUCGCAAAGCCAGCGCUCAAGUACCGCUUCAGCUUCACAGUUCUCAACGAGAAACCGCAUGAAGACGUUGCGGUGGCUGCUGCAUGGAGUACCGCGUUGGGGACUGCGAUGUCAGUCUUUGAACCCUUCGCGGACGUCGUUGCAGCAUCUCUCGCCGCAGUCACGAUCGCGACCCAGAGGGUGGAGUAUGGCAAACUGGCCAAGGCCUACCGCAAGGACGAAGUGACGAAGGAAGCGUACGUAACGACGGCGGACCUCCAACACUUCAAAUCCGCCAACGACUUCGCAACCACAUCCAUCUUGGCAGACCGCGAACGAGUCGUGCAUUUUGUCGCCGCGAUUCCCACCGCCGAGUCGUUCCACAUUCGAUCGAGCAAACGCAAUGCGCAACCCGAAUAUGCUUUUGAGAUCCCUGGCUACGGCAUCGUCGCGAUCGUCCAUGCCCCUGACGACGUGCCUCGCAUCAUGCGCAUGUUUGUCGCCCACGGCCGCCACCUCCUCGGCCUCGCUUCCUUUCCGCACUCGACGCCAUCGGUCACGUUCCUUCCGUCGCCUUCUGGCAUAGCCACAUGGGAGGUCGACAUGGUGGUGGCGAAGUGGCUCCUCCGGCACUGGCACUCGACCAUCCACACGCUGCAGUCGCUCGUGUCGCUGGUGGAGUCGAUGCCACAGAUGGCAGUGCUUCCGCGUACCCAAGCACUAGUGACGGCAUCGCUUACGUCUGUGCAGCAGGCGAGUCACCCGCAGCCAGUGCAGAGCAAGCUGCUGCAUGUCCGACGUGCGUUGCUUGCCGUGGAAGAAGCUUACGACGACCCGACUAUGGUGUCGCAAUUAUACUUUCCCCAAGACCAGAUCUACUUUGUCUUUUGCCCGCUGCUCCUGCCGCUCUUGUUGCCGCUGGUGGGAGGCCUCGUCCGCGAAGGCAAGCGAUACCGGCAACGCCAACCUGCGCCGGUACCGAAAUGUGACAAUUGACAGAGCAUAAACGACGUAUCAAACAUCGUCAUGUGCGUCGAAAUCGACACAACAAAUGGAGAACAACCGCUCAUGUAUUU